AUGGCGACCGAUAGAUCUACUUUGGCUGAGGUUCACAAGGAGUUGCUCAGGAGUGACGAUGAGCUGGAUGCUGAGAGUGUCGAAUCAAUGUCUGCUGAGAGUGACGGAUCAAUGCCUACUAGUAUGGACUCUGACGAAGAGGAUGCCUUCAUGCAUGGAAUUGAUGUGGUCCUCGACAAGCCAGCUCCAGCGAGGAAGAGGGCAGCAGCACAAAAACCUGCAACACUAAAGGACAGAUGGCGUAACCCCUCGGAGGAAGAUAAAGAACCUCGUCCAUUUCAGUUUCGCCCCAGGAGGCCCCCAGGGGUUCAGUUGGAUUUUCUUCAGAAGGACUACAGCCCCUCUGAUAUCUUCCAGCUUUUCUUCAGUAAACAUGUGAUGCGCACCCUGUGCUGCAACACCAACAAAUAUGCAGCACGGAGGACUGCAGAGGGUCUGCAGAGGCACUGGACGGAUAUAAAUAAUGAGGAAAUGUUCAGGUUUAUCGGCAUCAUCAUCUACCUUGGCCUGGUGAAGACUUCAGCUGCUCGGGACAUGUGGAGGAGGGACCGCUUGCACAGACACCCGUUUCCUGCUUCUGUAAUGCCUGGGUACCGGUAUGAGGCCAUCAGUGCAUACCUGCACAUGAGUGACCCAGCGGAAGAUGCCAAGAAUGACCAGCUCAAAGGUAAACCUGAAUAUGAUCCUCUCUUCCGCCUCAAGCCGCUCCAGGAUCAGAUCCAGACUGCCUGCAGGGCUUAUUACCACCCGCACCAGAACCUCUCUAUAGAUGAACGUAUGGUGGCCUCCAAGGCGAGGAUUGGGAUGAAGCAACACAUGAAGGACAAGCCUACCAAGUGGGGAUUCAAGCUCUUUGUCCUGGCUGACAGCUCCAGUGGCUACACAUGUGACUUCAAUAUCUACGAGGGGAAGUCAAAGACUCAAUCAGGACAGGGCCUGAGCUUUAACGCAGUUGUUGACCUGCUCCGUGUGCGCUAUCUGGGCACAGGGUACACGGUGUAUGUUGACAACUUUUACACCAGCUCGGAGCUCUUCACUCACCUGCGUGGACUGGGUUUUGGGGCGUGUGGAACCAUCCGUGAGAACAGGAAGGGCUGCCCAAAGACGACCAUCAAUGCCCUGCCAAGAGGAGCGGAACGUGGCGACAUGCGAUGGAUCAGAGAUGGCCCAUUGCUGUUUGUGAAAUGGAGGGACACACGUGACGUCAUGCUGUGUUCCACUAUCCACAAAGCCUAUAGCGGGCAGGCUGUGCAGCGUCGGAUCAGAAAUCCAGACGGCACCUGGUCCGCCGGACAGGUCCCUGUGCCGGAGCCUGUGAGGGCAUACAACAAGUUCAUGGGGGGUGUUGACUUGUCUGACGCUCUCAUAAAGUACUUCUCAGUGUCGCAUAAGUGCAGGCGUUGGUAUAUGAAGUUGUUUCUCCACUUCAUUGACAUCGCAGUGGUGAACAGCUUCAUCAUCCACAAGGAGAUGGCACUGGAAAGGCAGCAGAAGCCCCUCACCCAGAAGCGCUUCAGGGAGCUGCUGUGCAUGGAGCUUACUGAUUGUAGGCAGCCAGAGGCAUCCACACCUGUAGAGACCGUCAUUGAGGCACCCCCCUCGCCUCCACCUCAGAGUCCGGAGCAGAAACCAAAGGGAUGCUUCCCUGCUCCAGUUUGUGAGAUUUCCACUGACCCUUUCCUGAAAGCAACUCAAGGGAGGAGAAGAUGUGUGCACUGCAAGAUGAAAACAAUCUUCAAGUGUGGAUCUUGUGAUGUGGCACUCUGCAUAGUUGUGGAUCGGCUGUGCUUCACAGAGUGGCAUGAGCUGAAGAGCAGCUAG